AAUAAUGGAUUAUUAUUCAUAAACGUUGAGAACUGCUGCACCUCCACUUGAAACUACUGCCCAUUAUGUAACCACUCAACAAAGAUGGUGUAAGCUAAAACACGCACGCAGAGUGGGGUAAUUCAUUCAAAUGGAGCUGCACUCGUGUUGUUUAUAUUUAAUAUUCGCAUGAGCACGCUUACUAAACUCCUAGUUUUAGUUUGAACAUAAGACCCGACGAGCAGCCGAGGUGCGCGCCUCGGGUGAUAAAGUAAGUAGCAAAACCUAUCCCAUUAUGAUUACCUAUCCAUGUCCGAAUAUAUCCAAACCUAUGUGUGUACAGCAAAGGCCCUGUAGAGCCUUGCGCGCAAUCGAGCGGCGAGCCAGUUACUACUAGUACGGUUUCAGCUACAAACAUCUCAAAGGUUGCAACAGUUGGGAAUGGUUUAGGGGAUAAAUCGCCCGAACCUAUUAUUGCGACGGGGCAGAUAGAACAACCACCGCAAGAACCAUCUCUGCAGUACUACUGGCCAUUCGCGAAACCCGCCGAAGAGUAUCCAUCGAUUGACAAGUCUCAAUUGCACGCGAAACCCUGCUGCGAUACUAUACACGAGCUCAUAACAAAUCAGUGCACGCAUCAGCAGCCUCCUAAACCGCAGAAGGUCCCCACCGACGAGAUCGGUAUUCCCAUAACGCAGAAGGAACAUCCUCAGCAGCGACGACACCAUUCGGCUGGGUUGAAUUCGACGUUGCAUUCGUCCAGCAAACGGCUUCAGACUAAUACGCUGCUGGACGACGUCGGCAGCUACAGGACUUUGCUGAACAGCUUCAGCAAGGAGGGCGAGCAUUACUUCCAUCAUCCAUCUAUGACUAACGUGAAUCAACCUUAUAGUUAUUACAAAAACGCGCCCUCCGCUUCGCAAUCGCAAACGAAGGUGGUGUUAUCGAGGAGACAGAGCCAAUUACAGGCAAUUCCCGAGCAGGAUAGUGCUCAGCAAGCACGCAACCCCAGCCAGCAACAUUUACAUCACGUCGAACGAAGACCCUCGUCAUCCGCUCACCAACAGCAUAUUUCGGAAGAACCACAGAAGAUCAUGGAACAACCCACACGUCAAUCGCAGCAAAACAUCCAUCAGCAUCAACAAAACAUAAAUCGCCAACAGCAACAAGAAAAUUUGACAACUAACAAUGUAAAUAAUCAACAACAACUAAACACUGGUAAUCAACAGCAAAAUAUUGCGCCCGAUACUUUGAUCAAUCAACAACAGCAUACGAUGGCUGAUGGUUUGCAAACAAAUUUGAUGAAUAAUCAACAACAAAAUCUAAUGAACAAUCAACAGCAACAACAAUAUGCUAUGACUGGCGGUAUGAAUAGUACGCAGCAAAUGCAAGGAAAUUUGAACAAUCAGCGGCAAGGUAAUAUGCCGAAUACAUUCAUCAAUCAGCAGCAGGAGCAGCAACAACAAUAUGCUAAUAUGAACAAUCAACAGCGCGUUAUUAACUAUGCGAAUUACCAGCAACAACCAUAUUACAAUAGCCAAUUAUACUAUCAACCGCAACAGCAGAUGAUGCCGCCGCAACAACAAUAUCACAAUCCGUACAUGCAUCAACAGUAUCAACAACAACAGCAACCGAUGAAUGUUCAACAAACUCCGCAGCAGCAGGUUGAAGCGCCGCUACAAGCUCAGCCUGUGGAGCAACCAUUGCAGGAGCAACCGGUUUUAGAGGGAAAACCGGAAGAAAUAUCUGAGAGCGGUCAAGGGGAAAGGGUUCUAAAUCAGAAGGAGAGCAAAGUUAAGGUAAACGAACCGUACAAACAGGAAAUCGGGCAAGGGGAACGUCGCAACGAGCUUGCGGAUUUUCGGCAGGGAGAACAAAUUACCGGUGCACAAGGAGAAAUGACGCAGCAGCAGCAGCAACCAGACCACAUACCGCCGCCACCUGCAAAUCAUCAAGGCGAAAUCGAUGAAAAUGUUGCCGAGAAGGAAACACCGCAGCCGCAAGAAUCCCGACAACCUCAAGAAACAGCAGUGCCAACGACGAUGCAAAAUCAAAACGCGAUGCCGGUUAUGAAUCAGCAGUAUAUGAUGAAUCAAAUGCAGCCGUCUUGGAUGCAGCAACAGCAACAUCAACAACAACAACAGUAUGCUAAUUUUUACGGGAAUCAAAACGUGCCACAAAGGAUGAUGCUGCAAGGUACAACUGUACAAAAUCAGAAUUAUCCCAGGAUGCAGCCGUGCGAGCCACAACAAAUUACGGCGCAUCAAAGUGAAACGUCGCAAAAGGACGCCAUUGCCUUUAAUAAUGCCGAUGAAGCCAACAGACAACAACAGGUUUUCAAUAAUUUAAAUCAACUAUUAGAAAUGUGUAACGGUUGAAUUUCAGGCAAAUCAAGUAGCAGAAAUGCAGCAACAGCAAUCGCCGAAUAAUCAACAGAUAGAAAUGUCUCAGCAACAGCAGUAUCCUUCCCCGCAGCAGAAUGAACACCGACAAGGAUUGGACCAUGAAAGUUUGCGAAAUGAGUCGGAAAAGAUGAAACCUGAAUCUGCACCAUAUUUGGAACCCAUAUAUCCGGUCACACCGUCUCGCACAAAUCAGAUGAGCGCAAAAUCAUCGAAUAGCAA